GUAAACUAAACUGCCCCAAAGCUGGGCCAUCCAUUAUAUAUAGAGGGAGAAUAUGGACUAAAAAGCAUUAAGUUUAUAAUAAGGGAAAAUAAUUGGACUCGGGAGGAUGUCGCCGGCCAUUGAACCACAAGCUCCGCUACUUCCGAAACAGCAAACGCAGGGGGCGAAUCAUGCGUCUAUAUCUGGUGCUGUGUUCAACAUCGCCACAACCAUAAUCGGUGCUGGGAUCAUGUCGAUUCCGGCAACUCUUAAUGUUGUCGGAGUAAUACCUGCUUUUACGCUUAUUGUCAUUGUCGGUCUAUUAGCUGAAGUAUCAGUGGAGUUCUUGGUGAGGUUUACGCAGUCCGGCGAAUCCAUUACCUAUGCUGGAGUCAUGAACGAGUCAUUUGGCCGACUCGGUUCGGUGGCUACCCAAGUUUGUGUCAUGGUGACUAAUCUCGGGUGUUUAAUAAUUUACCUCAUCAUUAUCGGGGAUGUACUCUCGGGAAGUCAAUCUGGAGGAACUGUACACUUGGGAGUUUUGCGAGAAUGGUUUGGCAUCCAUUGGUGGAACUCUCGCGAAUUUUCCAUCUUAGUCAUUGUCGUUUUCGUUAUGCUUCCAUUGGUUUUGCUAAGGCGUGUAGAAUUGUUGAAGUUCAGUUCAUUCGUGUCAGUGCUUCUUGCCUUGGUUUUUGUUGGCAUAUGUACUGUGAUGGCAAUAAUUGCACUUGUCCAAGGCAAAACCAAGGAUCCAAAACUAAUACCUCAUCUAGACGAACACACAUCCUUCUUUGACCUUUUCACUGCCGUCCCCAUCAUUGUAGCAGCUUUCACUUUUCAUUUUAAUGUUCAUCCAAUUGGUGUCGAGCUAAGCAAACCAUCAGACAUGCUCUUAGCUGUCCGAAUUGCAUUAGUUCUUUGUGCAACAGUUUACUUCGCCAUCGGCCUAUUUGGCUACUUACUCUUCGGAGAUUCAAUCAUGCCAGACUUACUAGUCAAUUUCGAUAGAAACUCUGCUACAGCAACUGGUGCAGUGCUUAAUGAUGCGGUUCGACUGAGCUACGCACUCCAUCUGAUGCUGGUUUUCCCUCUAUUGAACUUCCCAUUAAGAGCAAAUAUAGAUGAAUUUCUCUUCCCCAAGGAAUCCCUUUUGGCCUCAGACACCAAAAGAUUUUUGGUUCUCACAAUAUCUCUUUUGGUCUUUUCAUACUUAGCAGCCAUAGCCUUCCCAAACAUUUGGUAUCUCUUUCAGUUUGUGGGGUCAACAUCUGCAGUUUGCCUUGGCUUUAUCUUUCCUGGUGCUAUUGCUGUAAGGAAUGUUAAUGGUGUGUCCACAAGAAAGGACAAAAUCAUGGCAACAAUAAUGAUAGUCUUGGCAGUAGUAACAAGCAUAAUUGCCAUUUCCACAAAUAUAUAUAAUCUGCUUGGAGAUGGAGAAAAGUCAUAGUAUUUUCUUUUUCAUAUAUAUUGGUUGAUUGAAUGAUUGUUAAUUCUGUUGUUGUUGUUGUAUCAAGUACGAACAUUGCUUUUAUCUCCUUCUUUUUCAACGAUAAUUAGGAUAAAAAAUACUUAAUAGUUGAUUUGAUUGUACAAAUAGGUUUAUAAUGAUAAUUAUGAUUGAAAAAAAAAACAAGAAAUGAUGUUCUUUUUAUUGUAUUAUAUUUUACUUACAGAAUACAGAUCCACCAUCCUUUGCAACACCAAAAUGUGCCAUAACAAUGUUGAUUUUUUUUUUUUUUUUUUUUAAUUUUUCGUGGAAAAACCUCUUUGUUGGAAUCAAAAGCAAGCUGCCACAUUGGGGGUAGCUUCCCUAAUAUUUUUCUGGCUCCAUUUAGCAAUAGCUUCAAUUGGAGAUGGAGCGCCUAGGCUUCACACAUUAACUCGAUUGCUGAAUUGAUUUAAUUAAUUUUAUCCAUUGUAGAGAGCACAUAUGUGAAGCAUAUUGUGGGUUAUCACAGCUAUUUCCUAAGUUGUUUGAUCAGUCUGAAACUGCACAUCUACUUUGAUCUUUGGUAAUGUUUUAGAGAUGAAUUGAAAAAAAAUCCUAUCUCAAAUUAAAUGCAGAACCACUUUGAGCAUUUGUGACACAUGACAUUUUUCAUGUAUAGUCUUCAUUAUACCACUGAGGCUAGCUGGAUAGUGAGGGAGGGUAGGGGUAAGGUAGAGGUCUCAUGUUUGCACCUAGGACCUCUUCGUUAUUUGGGUAGUAAUCUGUGUACUAAAUACUUCAAAAGAAAAAGAAAAAAAAUGUGUAGUGCUUCAUCAAUGACAAUAGAGUUUUGUGACUAUACAUGAACAUGGCAUUUCUAAUUCAGAUUCUUGUAGAGUACAAAAGCAAAUACCCAAACCAUGUAGAAUGCGCCAAAGCCCUGGAGCUUUAUUUACCUUGUUUGAGGGACUAUGUUAAAAGUAAUUAUUCUUUGGGUCAAGUUUGGAGUUCUACUGGGAAAGCAGUCACUGCUGCUUCGUCAAAAGCUCCUAGACCCAGUGCUCCUGCGCCUCCUCCUCUCUGCCAGCAUCUUUUUUUACAUCUGAAUCUUCUCAUUCAUCAUCAUCAACAGGUUGUAAGCAAGGGAUGUCUGCUGUCUUCCAAGAAAUUAAUUCUGGGAAGCCUGUGACGUUUGGUUUGAGAAAGGUUACUGAUGAUAUGAAGAUGAAGAACUGUGCAGGAAGAACUGGUGUUGUUGGUUCUGGUGAAAAAGAGACUCGCACCAGUGCACCUUCAUUUUUUAAGGCAGGGCCUCAAAACUAGAACUUGAAAUGGGUCAUAAGUGGGUUGUUGAGAAUCAAAUUGGAAAGAAAAGCUUAGUGAUUGAUAAUUGUGAUUCAAAACAAUCUGUGCAUAUUUUUGGAUGAAAAGACUCUAUUUUGAAGGUUUCAAGGUAAUUUAUGUGUAUUUACACGGUUUAUAGUUUCUGUCUUACAUGAGAAGUCGCAUUUAGUUUAUCAUAAUUUCUCAUUUUCAGGUAAAGUAAAUAACAUCACUGUUGACAAAUGUACUAAGAUGGGAGUUGUAUUUAGGCUCCAACAAUUUCAGUUCACAAUACAGAAGGCUGCCAAUUAAUCUAAGCAAAGAUUCUCUUGGGGUUAUCAAUAACAACUGCCAAGUCAAGUGAGAUCAAUUCUGAGCUGGACGGUGAUUGGGAACUGGAAUGCCUUUUGGGCUGAAUCUUAUCCAUGGCUAGCUUCUAUCACAUGGCUUAUCUAUUUAAGGAUGGUCACUUUGAGACUACUCCUGUUUCCCACUCUGGAGGGUAGUUAAUACUUAUUUCAGUUGCCGAUUGCGUAUACUGUUGUUCUCUAAUAUUAUUCCUUGUCAUUGAUCAUUUGGGCUGUGGUUGCGAUUCUAGUCUUCUGUUCUUUCUUUAAUACGUUAUGGCAACCUUAUGAGUUUGAUAAACCUUGGGAACCGUUUUUUUUCUGUUGAGUUUUCUGAGUGAGAUCUGUAACAGCUAUCAAGCUGUAAAGAAAAGAGCAUAUGUAUGUUCUUGUAAUGUUCUGCUGUAUAAUUUUUCUUAUUAUCUUAUUUUUUAUUUAUUUAUAUCGAUUUUGUACUUGUAUUUGAGUAUUUUGAAGAUGAAAGUAAUGGUUUUGAAGCUGUUAUUUGUUUUGAA